UUCUAAGUAAAAUGGUCUCUUUUGAUAGUUGUUGCCAAUUGUCUUUUGAGCAGCCGCAUGCCUUGUAAACGUAUGGACUGUUUCCUUCAAAGCUAGAUUUUUUAUGCCAAUAUGAGUCUUCCACCACCAAGGUUCAAGAGUUGUAAUGGCAUACUAGCUGAUGGAUUAAUAAUACCCACCACUUUCAAAAGGAAAUUUAAAUUGUCUCUUGGGAUAAUGACAAACAUAAAAAUCUCAACCAAAACGUACCAGAAAAGGCUACAAUAGGUCAUUGCAACAAGAAUGAGACUUAGACUGAAAAACUAGCACAGCAGCAAAGUCCACCAUUGACUCCAAGAAUCCUCCAAUUGGCUGCUUCGCAACAAACUCCAAUUUCAUUCCUCCAUUUGCUCGAAGCCUCGAACCUGAUACUUGGCCGAGGCUCUGUAAGAACGUCAGCAAGGUGAUUCUUAGAAUGGCUAUGAACCAGAAUCAUUUCGUUGUCUUGCUACACUUCCGUAGAAAACAUUUCGCUUUUGUUACACGUGUAAUAUCACGGGCUUGCCCUUUUUGUGUAAUAUCACGGGCUUUCCCUUUUUUAAAAACUGUUUACUGCUCCUUUUCGCGGGUGGUUGGGACACAAAGCAGACAGCAAGAGAUAUUAACUCUGCUGGCAAUUUGAUUGAUUACUGCUCCUUUUCUCGGGUGGGUCGAAAUAUAACAAUAUAUAAUGACUCCGUUGACACCUGCCCCAUGCAUUGGCCCCCACAUUAUAGGCCCUAUGAAACAAUGCCUUUGCCGGAUUAACUAGAUUCCUUGUUGUUUGAUUGCUAAUCCGGAAGCGGAUAUCUUAAUGAAACACUUGAUCCUAGUUAUGAAUAAAUUAUUGUAUAAGAGUAGAAAAUUAAGCAACUUCACCCCCGCCGACAAGAAAGCAAUGACGAUGUCUUUGCCUCUUCUUCUUUUAGUUGUCGUCUCCAUCACCAUAUGCUCCUCCGUGGCAGCCUCCGAUUCCGUCUAUGAAUCCUUUAUUCAGUGCCUAACAAGCCAUUCCAACCCAUCAGAUCAUGUCUCCAACAUAGUCUACUCUCAGUCCAGUUCUUCCUACAACUCUGUUUUGCAAGCAUACAUCCGUAAUGCUCGUUUCAAUACUUCUGCCACACCGAAACCGGUGAUUAUAAUCACCCCUUUGCAAGAAUCACAUGUCUCAGCAGCCGUUAUCUGUUCCAAGAAGAUCGGUUUUCAACUCAAAAUUCGAAGCGGCGGCCAUGAUUUUGAGGGCAUAUCUUAUGUAUCUGACAAACCUUUUUUCAUUCUUGACAUGUUCAAUCUACGUUCAAUAUCUGUUAAUAUGGGAGAUGAAUCCGCUUGGGUUGAAGCCGGCGCCACGCUUGGAGAACUUUACUAUAGGAUUUGGGAAAAGAGCAAAGUCCACGGAUUUCCUGCAGGGGUUUGUCCCACUGUCGGCGUUGGCGGUCACAUAAGCGGUGCUGGUUAUGGUAACAUGGUGAGAAAGUAUGGUCUCUCUGUGGAUCAUGUGGUGGAUGCUAAGAUAGUUGAUGUUAACGGUAAGAUUCUUGACAGAAAAGGCAUGGGAGAGGAUCUUUUCUGGGCUAUCAGAGGCGGUGGAGGAGCCAGUUUUGGUGUUAUUUUAUCUUACAAGAUCAAGCUUGUUCCCGUUCCUGAAACUGUUACGGUUUUUAAAGUUGAAAGAACUUUGGAACAGAACGCUACUGAUGUUGUUUACAAGUGGCAAUCUGUUGCUGCAACAACAGAUAACAAUUUGUUCAUGAGGAUGCUUGUGCAGCCAGUUACUUUAAACAAGCAAAAGACAAUCAGAAUUUCGAUUUAUGCACUAUAUUUGGGGGGUGCCGAUGAUCUUGUCUCUUUACUGGCUAAGGAUCUCCCUGAAUUGGGUCUUAAAAAAGAGAACUGUUUGGAGAUGAGUUGGAUUGACUCUGCUCUUUGGUGGGCGAGUUUCAACUACGGAACUUCACCGAAUGUGCUGCUUAGUAGAAACUACCAUGUUAAAUUCAUGAAGAGGAAGUCAGAUUAUGUGCAGACUCCAAUUCCUAAAGAUGGGUUGGAAUGGCUUUGGAAAAGGAUGAUUGAAUUGGCAGAACCCGGGUUGGUUUUCAAUCCAUAUGGAGGGAUAAUGAAUGAAAUCAAGUCUACAGACACCCCAUUUCCUCAUCGAGCCGGAAAUUUGUUUAAGAUCCAGUAUUCAAUAAGCUGGAAGGAGACAGGAAUGGAUGCAGACAGAAAGUACAGAACUCUGGUUAAGAGGCUUCACAGUUACAUGACUGGCUUUGUGUCCAAGAACCCAAGAAGUGCUUAUUUGAACUAUAGGGACCUUGACAUUGGCAUCAGCGAAACUUGGACAUACCAAGAAGGAACGAACAGAGCAUCCCCCCUCGUACAAGUAAGGCAUAGUGCUCUUCUUUAGUUUCGCAAUUGGAAGAUAUUUCCAAUGCAUAAGUUCCUUCAGAUCCAAUUGCCAACAAUCAAUCAAGCUCACACGCUUGAACUUUGCUUUUGCAAAAGUGGUCCUUGCUCUUUUUGCUGUCUUUACUUUGCCUUGUAGUACUGCACCAAAUGGUCACUCACACGGGGUUCGUGGCUACAGGGUCCGAAUCAGGUGAGGGUGAGAGAAGAUUUCUGACGUCCACGCAAGCUAUCAGCACACGGAUAGGACUGCUUUUCUGCUUGCUGGUUCUUUAGGAAUCAGGGGAAGUAGUUAUAGGAUUCGAAAUAUAUUUUCCAUUUGUUCCUUUUGGCUGUUGACAUGAAAAUGAAGCAACUCAUUUACAUGCAAAGUUGAUAAAUGGUAAUCAUUUACAUUCAUCA